GAGGAGGCUAACAGGUGAGGAGGGAUCGCUGCCUGGCACGCAUUCAGGUGAUCAACGUGAGUGGGUUGGGUGGAGGAUGUAGUGCUCUCUCUUGUCUCCUUCGUCUUUCCUCCUCAUCCUCAUCCUCAUCAUCCACGUCGUGUUUCAGUGUGCAGAUGCCGACAGAUGUGCCCGAAGACGGACUCAAAACUAAUGAGGACCCGGUCAAGUGUGACACCAUGACCCUGUCCAGCACGCCGACCGUUCGAAGAGGAAGCACCCCGCUGCCAAUCAAGCACCAGCUCAGACGGGAAGAGGCCGUCCAUGAUGACUGCGAUUGGUCUUUGGAUAACGCCGGGCCGUCCGCUUCCCCCAUCCUCUUCAGCCCCGCCAUGGAUGAUGCGGAACCGGAGGGUAGGCCCUAUGGCCCCUUGAGAAUCGCUUUACUGGGGCAGAACGGCGUGGGGAAGUCCUCCCUGGCCUUCGCCCUUGCAGGGGACGUGGACAGGACGGCGUCGGUGGAUUCAGACGGGGAGGGUCUCAUGCACACUGUCACCGUGGAUGACGAGGAGAGCACCAUCGUUAUCUACGACAGCUGGAGACAUGACCUUUCGGGGCUGCAGUGCGAGGCGUGCGUCCUGGUGUUCUCGGUGACCGACAGGCGGAGCUUCCACCGCACGGCCCAGCUCCGCCUCCUCCUGCGAGAGACUCAGCCCCAGACCCCCAUCAUCCUGGUGGGCAACAAGAGCGACCUGGUCCGCUCCCGUGAGGUGACAUCACAAGAGGCCAUGACGAGCGCCGCCCUCUACAACUGUCUCUACCUGGAGAUUUCGGCCUCCCUGGACCACCGCACCCAGGAGCUCCUGGAGUGCGUGGUGCGGUUAGCGCGGGGCCAGCCUCCGUGGGCCCCGGGGAGCAGCCCGGAGGACAUGAGCGGAGGAGGCCAGCGGGAGAGCAUCACCUCGCGGGCCAAGCGCUUCCUGUCCAGCCUGGUUCCUCGGUACCAGCGCGAACGCGACGUGGGCCGGAUCCUCAGGCAGAAGUCCCGCUCCUGUCACGAUUUGGGCGCGCUGUGACGUCAUCGGCAGACCCGGAUGUGCGGUUAGCCCAUGAUUGUCAUUCCUAUGGUGUGAAUAUGCCGUGUAAAUAAACAUUAGUGCUACUUGGUGUCAAUAAAACGUUUUUGUUUUUGUCAA